AUGGACCCGAAUAAUAGCUCCCUAACCGCCAUAGAGGAUGUUGUUCCGACAGAUCGCACUCUGUCGGCGGCAACAUCCGCCACACCACCCGCCUACAGCGAUACCGCGUCCACGGUCGGCGCUUCCUGCGCCCCCUCAGGCUACCGCCCCAUCUCUGCCGUUGAGCUGUAUGUGAUUAUGAACCGCUUAGCAAAGCCAAAUACACCCGCAGAAAAAGAGGCCGCGGCAAAGGCGUACGAACAUUUCGUGCGCCACGACUUAGCCGCCGCCCUGGCACAACAGCCGCAAACAGAGUCUUCCUUUCCGCUGAGUGAACUGCCGCGCUCGGCCAUAGAAGAGGCGAUUGUUCCGCCGGGAGCCCUGCUGGGUGUAGCAACUCAAGAUGUUGCUGCUCCGGCGGAGGCGGCCCCGAAUGGUGUUGCGUCACCAGUCUUGGCUACUCAAGAAGCCAGUGCGCUGCUGAUCGCCCCAACGGACAAUCCUAGUGAAGAAGCCGCUAGUGCGCCAGUCCUCGCCGUACAGGGACUGACUGACAGCGACCACCCAAACCCAACACGGCACCCAACAACGCCAGUUCUACUAGGAAUUCCUGAAGCCAACCUGGGGACACUUUUAUCGGCAGAAAUGCCGAUGGAUGUGCAACAGGCAUCACGGAAACGACCAGCCACCUCUGACUCUGAGGAACAAACCGCAGCAACCGCGCCUGAAGGGCGCCAAACAAAAAAGAAGGCUGCUGCUGCAGACGCCCCCACAGCGCCCCCUGCUGCCGAGGAAGACGGUUUUACCGUACCAAACCGGCGGCACACUGCCAAGCCCAAAAGGCUGGAGAAGGUGCUCGCCCCACCGCCAGCCACAUCAAAUCGGUUCGCAGAGGCAACCGAAGUUGUCAUGGAAGCGGAACCCGCCGCCCCAGCACGUAAACACACACGCCCCCCUCCAGUAGUCGUGACGUGGGACGACGAGUUCAUGGACCUCCGCCGCAUGAUUAAAGAUGUGGUGGAAGUAAAGUCAUUCAAAGUCCAAGCGAACAACGUCUACAAGAUCCUCCCAGCAUCCAUAGACGAGCACAAAAAGCUCAUGGACCUCCGCGACGAACAGCCCAAAUGCUGCAACUGCAGUGAGCCGCAUGUUGCCAGCUACAGGGGCUGUAACGCAUUCAAAUCCCGCAAGCGUGGCAAGGCCGCCAAAAAAGUGCAGCCAGGAGUCAGUUUUGCGUCCGUUGCCGGGAGACGGGCUGCUGAACAGCAGGCCCCGCCUCGCGGUGAACGCCGCCUACCCGCCCGCAACCUGCAACCACCUACCAACACACAGUCGGAACCCAGUGCUGCUGGGCUACUCCCACCGCCCCCCCCGACCCGCGCCGGAAAUGGACAGGCUGCCCCUGCUGCGCAGACACCCAUCGCAAAACAGUGCCAGCCUAGUACAGCCCCAGCGCCACCCGCCACCGCGGCCGCGAGCGCUAUCACAGAUGAUCUGCAGACGCUACUGCAAACAUUAAACAGAAUCAUGACACAACUACCCAGUCUAGUCUCCGCAGCUGCGACGGCCCUCCAGGCCAUCGCCCAGCCCCCCAGUCAUGGAUAA